AUGGCCGAUAACGAGGAUGCAGGCGCCUCUGUCUCAGAGCCCUUGGAUCUUGUUCGUUUGUCUCUGGACGAAAUUGUCUUCGUGAAGUUGCGCGGUGACCGUGAACUCAAGGGCCGCCUCCACGCAUACGAUAGCCAUUGCAACCUGGUUCUUGGCGAUGUGGAGGAAACAAUCUACGUGGUAGAGGAGGACGAUAACGAAGAGGAGACCACACGGACAAUCAAGAAGCAAGAAGAGAUGCUUUUCGUACGAGGUGAUUCCGUCGUUUUGAUCUCCCCCCAGGCCUGA